UUAUUUCUAUAUAUUUUUUUCUGAUUGUGUUGAUUUUGCUGUUGUUACCUUCUGAUUGAGUUACAUGCCUUUACUUUAUUGGUGCCCGAGUAUUUAUUCAUGUUUUUGUUAGUUUGUUUUGUUUUGUUUUGACUGUUUGGAUAGCUAAGCAUCAAUCCUUAAAUCUUAUAAAACUCUCCUGGUGUGAACUUGGCCUAGAUGUUUGAUAUGGAUGCCGAGAACCCAGACAGAGUCAAAUAAGUUCUUGUUUUCUUUAGAUCAAUAUAUACUUGAUCCAAGGUUUAACGAUAAUGAUGUCUGGUGAUUCAAGAGGAAAGAUCUCUGAAAUUGCUCUGAGACCAUUUGAAGAGUCCUAUGGGCCUUUUCAAAAGUAGGUUGUUUGUCGUAUCAUAUGCAGAUGAAGCACCUUCAUUACUGUCAGCACCUAAGGAUGCAGAGAAGUGUGACAACUGGCAACAGUUUAGAUUGUUCCCAUCCAAAUCUUCUGAGAUGAAUUUUGGUACCUAUGAUUUUUUUGCUCAUGGAGCCUCAAAUGCUGGAAGUGAUGGCACACAAACUGCUGCUCAGCUCGAUGAUGUGCCAUUAGACUGCCGUUUGCCGUAUCUUGGUUCCUCUAGGAGGUCCAGGUCACCAUUUUCAGACAGUGAUAGCAGUCAGUACACCUCCUUCAGUGAUAUCUCAGGCUCGUCUGCAGUAUUUGACACGCCGUGCACGAGGCCUAGCCCUAUUGGCUCACGUGGGCGAGGAGGAGAUACUGCUGCAAUAUGUAGAGCGAAAAGCAGAGGGAUUUUCAGGUCAAGGGGUGUUGUUAACAUCCAGAGCUUUUAUUCAAAUAUGGAGACAUCAGCGUCUCGUGGCACAAAGCGAAUGCUAAUAGCCCCAGUCCCUGCGGGCAAGUUUGCCAAGAAGCAGAGGGUUGAAAUGAGCAUCAGCACAGGACUGAAUUUUGCAAAGGACAGUCAUGCUUCCUCUGAUGAAAAGGAUAUAAAGGGAAAAGAAGCUGUGGAGGAGAAGCAUGUUAGAGUCCGAGAGAAGCGAAGACGUAGACGAGAGAAGAACUGUGAGAAAUAUGGAGACAAGCACAGAUUAGCCUUCACAUGUGCCUUUUGUAAAUUUCGCACUUUUGAGGACAAAGACAUCGAGAAGCACUUUGGAAGCACAUAUCACCAUGAAACACUUGACUACAUUCGACGGCAGGCCAAGUUUGAUGACCGGGUCAUUAGCUUUCUCCACGACUGUAUGGUGCACAAGUUUCGUAAAACGGUGUCUGCUUUGUGUAAGUUGCACAACCUUUCGGACCAGAAAGCGACCCUGAAAGUCAUGGAAGGGGUGACUGAGGAUGACUACAUGAGGAAGAUGGAGGUGGUGCACUGUAUGGCCUGCAACAUUUACAUUCCUGCUGUCUUUUCUUCUGUCCAGCAGCAUCGCUGUUCCCCUCUACACCUAAAAACUAAAGUGGUGUACAAAGAGCAGCUGAAACGGGAGAGUGUGCUGACGGCCAAAGCUAUUAUAAAUAAUGAUAGUGUUAAAAUUCGCUAUGAGAAAUACAUCAAGGGAGAAGACCCUUUUGUAAUGGAUACUAAAGAAGACACUACAUCAGACUUGUCUGAAGCCGAGGGCAAUAAGAUGGGGAAAUUAUGAUUAAAAAUUAACAUGCUCUAAUGCUUCAUAUUCACGAGUUUAAUCAAACCAUAUAAUGUCAUCCAGCAUUAGGAUCUCUGUGUCGGAUUGUGUUCUUCCUUUAAUAAGCAGAGUUUGUGCUUUUGAGAUUGUACUGUACCUCUUUGUGCAAUUUGUUCAUUUUCAGCUUAGUGUAUAUGGCAGUAUUUCAGGUGUUGAUGCAUAUAGUAUUGGGAUAGAGAUGGGAUCAAGAUGGUUACUGUGUAAAGUGUUGUAUUUGUGUUGGAGAAUUAUGUAUGUCUGUGUGGGGCAAAGUAUUAAAUUAUACUCGUCAUA